UGACGCCAGGCGUAGCGGAAGUGCCUCCCGCCGCGGUGUUGUGCUGUGGGGAAGGGAGACGGAUUUGUAAACCCCGGAGCGAGGUUCUGCCUACCCGAGGCCGCUGCUGUGCGGAGACCCCGGGGGAAACCACCGUCACCAUGUCUGACCAGGAGGCAAAACCUUCAACUGAGGACUUGGGGGAUAAGAAGGAAGGAGAAUAUAUUAAACUCAAAGUCAUCGGACAGGAUAGCAGUGAGAUUCACUUCAAAGUGAAAAUGACAACACAUCUCAAGAAACUCAAAGAAUCAUACUGUCAAAGACAGGGAGUUCCCAUGAAUUCACUCAGGUUUCUCUUUGAAGGUCAGAGAAUUGCUGAUAAUCACACUCCAAAAGAAUUGGGAAUGGAGGAAGAAGAUGUGAUUGAAGUUUAUCAGGAACAAACAGGGGGUCGUUCAACAAUUUAGAUAUUUUUAUUUUUUCUUUUCCCUUAAUCCUUUUUUAUUUUUAAAAAUAGUUCUUUUGUAAUGUGGUGUUCAAAACAGAAUUGAAAACUGGCACCCCAUCUCUUUAGAACAUCUGGUAAUUUGAAUUCUAGUGCCCAUUAUUCAUUAUUGUUUGUUUUCAUUGUGCUGAUUUUUGGUGAUCAAACCUCAGCCCCAUUCAUAUCGCCCUCUCCUUUUUAAAAAUUAUGUGUGUGCACAGAGAGGCCGCCUUUUCCAGGACUGUGCAUUUACAGGCUUGUGACAAAUAAGAUUGACUAAUGCGAGUGUUCAUAAUGACUUUCCAAUUGGCCCUGAAGUUCUAGCAUGUGAUUGCUUCACUCCUGGACUGUGACUUUCAGUGGGAGAUGGAAGUUUUUCAGAGAACUGAACUGUGGAAAAAUGACCUUUCCUUAACUUGAAGCUACUUUUAAAAUCUGAGGGUCUGGACCAAAAGAAGAGGAAUAUCAGGUUGGAGUCAAGGUGACAGAAGUGGUGAAAAUAAUGACUAACUCCAAAGAUGGCUUCACUGAAGAGAAAGCAUUUUAAGAUGAAAGAAAAAUCUUGUCAGAAGAUCCCAGAAAAGUUCUAAUUUUCAUUAGCAGUUAAAGUUAUUCAUGCAGAAGUGUAUACAGCAGAACGCUGCUCUUUUUGACUUUAUUUGUACUUUUUGGCCUGGGAUAUGGGUUUUAAAUGGACAUUGUCUGUACCAGCUUCAUUAAAAUAAACAAAAUAUUUGUAAAAACCGUA